AUGGCAACCACAGCACCGGAUCCGACCACGAUUGAUGUGGCACCUGAUAGCCAGUCCGAGAUACACCAGAAGCUGAAGAGAGCCAAGGCGGCCGGCGCGGCGGUGCGGGCGCGCAUCUCGGUGACAAUGGGACUGGCCGGCGGCGCGCUGGUGGUCGUCCUCGUCACUGCGAUUGCCGACGCCGCUGAUACGCUAAAUUACGCAUCGGCGUUCUACUGCAUCGGCAUCCCGGGGCCGCCGCUGCUCCUCCUUGCGGUGCUGCCUACCGACCGACUGGUCAUUUACGGCGUCGCGGUGAUUUGCUGUGGUGUGUCUCUCGUGUGUGGUUACUUUAUAGCUGACGAAGCACAACGCCACGCGAGGCGGAAGCGGCGGCCGGACAAGGCGGACUGGACCGCAGUCCAGUACGUGUGGGUGGUGGGCUUUUUGUGCGUGGCCGCGGUGAUGAGCUCCGCGGCCGGGCUGCCGCCGCGCGCCGCUCUUCGACGGAUGUGGAUGUCCCUUGGCGCGGUGUACCUCGCCUCUGCUUUGAUAUGGGGGUACGUAUGUGUUACCUGCGUGAAUGGCAUGGAACGCGGCUCCCCGGAGCACCAAUUCUUCUGGAUCGCCACGGCAGAACUCUUUGUGCUCGGCGUGGCGAGCUCGACGCCGUCCUUCCGCCAACGCAUCCACGCCGCCCUGCUGGCGCGGGACGGCCAGAUCUCCUCGGCGGCGUCCGUCGCCGCCCUGCUGGGGCGCAACGAUAUUGAUCAUGUCAAGGCGGAGGCGCAACGAAAAUUCUACGGCGUCGAGCUGUCGCAAGUGCGCCUGGAGGACCUACAACAGAGCACGCCGGACCCCGCCCUCUUCGCCCGGGCGAAGCACGCCCGGUUCGACGAGAUCGAUUGGUUCAUUUCGCACUCGUGGCACGACUCGCCCGAUGCCAAGUAUAGCGCGUUGCAGGCCGCCCGAUCUAAGUUCGUUGCGGCCAAUAAACGAGAGCCUGUGGCGUGGCUCGACAAAUUUUGCAUCGACCAGACGAGUAUCGCAGACAGUCUCAUGUGUCUCCCGGUCUUCCUCGCGGGCUGCAAACAGCUCUACCUAUUCUGUGGGCCCACGUUCUUGGAGCGGCUGUGGUGCCUGUUGGAGAUUUUUGUGUAUCUCGAGAUGGGCGGUCGCGUCGAUGACGUAACGCUGGUUCUGGCGCCGCCGGAGGGGACUGACGACGUCGACGCGUACUUCGAGGAGCGAUUCGCGAGGUUCGACGUGUCUCACGCAACAUGCUUCGACCCCGUCGAGCGCGACCGGCUGCUCGCGACCAUCGAGGCGGGCUUCGGCGGGCUCGACCAAUUCAACGCGUCGCUCAAGGGCGUCGUCGCGGAUCUGCUGAAGCGCGCCGCGGACACCCCGCGCGGCCUUGAGCGAUCGUUCUCCGUGCGGGCGUCGACGCGUAAUUUGUGA